UAUGAUUGUUUACGUGGUGUGAGGAUCAAUGUGGCGGCGACACGCAGCUGCUCCCUGCUGACACUUGCCGCUCUGCACACACUCCACCUCCACCACGCCACUCACAUCACAGUUGCAACAUUCCAGUAAAAUGAUGGAUACAUUCAUGGGGUUUUCAGUUCACAUGGACUUCGAAGGACAGAAAUUGGCAGAGAGACUGUUUCAGAUAAUUGUAGUUGCAUUUGGAGCAGGUGGUUGGCUGUAUGGAUACUAUGUACAAGACUUCUUCAUCACUGUUCUUACCCUUGGUGCUGGCUUUGUUCUGGCUUGUUUGGUAACACUGCCUCCCUGGCCAAUCUACCGACGUUACCCCCUCAAGUGGGCUCCCUCUCAAGAGGCGGCAGCUUCAAACUCUGCUACUGAAAAUGCAUCGGGCAAAAAAAAGAAGAAAUAGAAGUCUGUUUUGUCAAGAGUGAUUAAAGUUCUAUAACUAAAAUUCAAAUUUUCAUACAUAUUCAGUUUUUCUUUUGUUGAAUUCAAGAAAUUUUUAUAAAAAUUUAGUACAUUUUCAUACUUGAUGGUUUUGUUUAGUUUUAGGGUCACACUAAACAUAAAUUACUUGUUCCUGUAAGCAUCUGUUAAGAUUUAUUCCUUAUUGUAGCUAGUUAAAGUAAUGUUACAUGACACGGCAAAAUGUACAAACUGGUUAACAUACUGCUUAGCUCAAAUAUACUGUUCUAACCUUAUUGACAUAUACUGUGUAAUGGAUUGUGACCCUUGGUUUUACUGGUACAGUAAUGGGUACUAGAGCUGAAAGGGUUUCGUACUAAAAUGACGAAAAGA